CUAGAAGCACAUAUUCGGCUAGAGGAAUGAAUCCAGAGCAAAAGAUAAGAAGAAAGAUUGACGGGAAAGAGAUGUACCAGCAUUGAGGGGGGAGAGGAGAAGAGCCACUACGAAGAGACUUGUGUUGCUAGUGUCGAAGAUGGAGGGAGAAGGUUGGUGUGCGCUAGAAUCGUGCACGACUAAUUUAGAGAAGAAAUAGAAGGAACGAGGUGCUGUUGGGGAUGCUGUUGACUAAAGAUUUGUCGAAUGAGCAGACUGAGCCACCGCCUCCACCGCCUCCUAGGCAAAUCACAUUGAAAACGCUGAAGGACAAUGGUGCUGAAGAGUUCCAUGGGGAUAGGAUCUCUAAUCCUCAGAUUGCACUAGACUGGAUUGAACAGACAGAAAGAGUGUUGAAGAAUCUGAGUGUUCCAGAGGCGAGACGUCCUGAGCUUGCUUUCCAGCUCCUUCGUAAGGGAGCAUACGAGUGGUGGAAGCGCGCAGACGAGAAAGCGCCUAAGCCUUGGACAUGGGAGCAUUUUGAUUGGGCAUUCAAGAAGGAGUAUAUACCAGCCCGCUUCAGAGAAGAGAAACGUACGGAGUUUAUGGAACUAAAGCAAGGAGACAUGACUCUUCCCGAGCUUCGACAGAAGUUCGACCACCUAGCCCAGUUCGCGACUACGCUGGUAGCCACGCCGGCCGACCGUAUUGAAGAAUUUCGUAAGAGGCUACGUCCCGACAUUCGACCAUAUGUAUCCAUCCUGACCACUACAGACUUCUCUAAGGCUUAUGAUCUAAUGGCAAAAGCAGAAAAAGAUGUGGAUGAUUACAAGGCCAGCCUAAAGGUCGAGGAAGGAGGACCCAGUACACGCCCAACUGUGAGUGUUACGCCGAGUGCGAAGAGGCCAUUAGGCGAGGCAAGUGAGGCAUCUCAUGCAAAGAAAAGCAAGUCCAUGCAGGUCCAACCAGCACCUGCCCAAUCGGUGGCCUCCAGUGGUAGGUCAAAGCCGUCAAGGCAUCCCACAUGUGAACUUUGUGGGCGAAAUCAUCCCGGAGAGUGUUGGUUUGCCCAAGGCCUUUGUUUGGGCUGUGGUAAGCCGGGACACAUUCGUAGAAACUGCCCUACAAAGCCUGGCGAACCUUUCCCAACCGCUCCAGUGAGAGGUCAAACCGCCACGCCACAGCUAACGCAAAGUCAACGCACGACUGCUGGAACAAAUCAGCAGAGGAACCCAAAUCAACCACAAGGACGAGCUCCAGCGCGUACUUAUGCAAUGAUAGGGCACGCGGACCCUCAGGAUAAUGACGUUCAUAAUGAACUCGUCACCAGACGCACCGACGAAGCCGGACGUCGCCACUGUUCCUCGCUGACCGCUGCUGCUGUGCUCACCGGAAAAACAGCUCGGCCACUCCGCGGUGUUCGCCGCCGCUGCUCCGUGGUCAAGUCACCGUUCGCCGACGUUUCGUUCGUUUGAUUUGAUUAAUUUAAUCCGUCUGUUAAUCGAGGUAACAUGAAUGAUGAAUAAGGAACUAUCCUGGAG